GUAUUGAAUAACAAAUAAACUGCAGUAUCAGCAUAACCCAACAUGGCCUAUGGCUGCCCUCUUGCUUUGUCGGAAAAAUGUACCUUAUUCCCAUUAAUCGCAUUCUUUGGUAUCAGUAAUGGUCAAGGUCUAUUGAAGAAACAAGAUGUGUGAUGUAGAGAUAAAUUAUUAUGAUGUGCUAGGUGUUGAUGAAAAUGCUUCGCUUGAUGAGAUGAAGACUCAAUACAGGAAGUUGCUUUUAAAGAUCCACCCAGAUAAACAAGCUCAAAAUGACAAAAGCAUCAACACAGUAAAGUUUUUAGAAGUCGAAGAAGCUUGGAAAAUUUUGUCAGACCCCAAGAAAAGACAAGAGUAUGAUGCAUUGCAAAAAGAAAAAGAGAUUGGCCAAUAUGCUCCAUUUGAUCUAGAAGUUAACCUGGAUGAUAUGUCAUUUUUUGAAGUUUCUGAAACAUAUGCCAUUGACUGUCGUUGUGGAGGGGAGUAUGCCAUAACAGAGGAACAGCUGAAAGAAGGGUACAAUGUAGUCCAAUGCUCUUCAUGUACACUUCAAGCCCAAGUUAAUUAGGCAAUGAAGAAAAAGGUAUUUCUGCAGAAUACUAGAUUGGCUUUGCAAUCUGCAAGGCUGGAAUGAAGUCAAUGUCUCCAUAGAUAUGUUGGUUGCUUAUGCUGAUGAUGAAAAUGUUUCAAGGGCACAUCUUAUGUGAAGACAAGGACGGAAGAUGGAAGAUGGAAGACAAGGAACAAGCUUAUUUAGUUUUCAUUAGAAGCUUUGGUGAAACUUAUUGCCAAGACAAAAUGAGCAAAGCCAGGUUUUCUGUAUCAAAAACUUUUCUGUUAACUAUUCCAAAGUCUAUUUAGACAUAAAUGGUCAUUAACCAGCUGAAAUGGAUAUUCUUGAGAUACAUACUCCUUAAUCCAGGGCCUUAGACAAAGGGGGCAGGGACAAUGGAUUUGUUUUAUUUAGCAUUCAUUAGAAUCAACAGCAAGGUAUAAGAUGAUAUAAGUGUUUGUUAUGUAGGAACUAAUAUUUGAAUGUAAGGACAGGCUGGUAAUUCCUUGUAGAACAGAAAUUUAAAUGUAGUAUAAAUCAAUAUGAUAUUUUUAGAACUUU